UACACCUGUGCAGGACUGAAGGGGAGGAGCCGGUACACCUGUGUGAGACUGAAGGGGAGGAGCCGGUACACCUGUGUGAGACUGAAGGGGAGGAGCCGGUACACCUGUGUGAGACUGAAGGGGAGGAGCCGGUACACCUGUGCAAGACUGAAGGGGAGGAGCCGAUACACCUGUGCAAGACUGAAGGGGAGGAGCCGAUACACCUGUGCAAGACUGAAGGGGAGGAGCCGAUACACCUGUGCAAGACUGAAGGGGAGGAGCCGGGACACCUGCGCAAGACUGAAGGGGAGGAGC